GACGAAGAAAUCACACCGGGGGGAGUAAUAUUUAUGACUUAAAUGGCGGCGGAACUGUUACCGGGAAACGAUGCAAAACUCGUCUCGCAUCUUACAAAGUCAUUGCUGGCGGUGGCUUUCCUGGCCUCGUUUGGCAGCUCUAUGCUCUAUGGCUAUAACUUGGCGGUUGUCAACUCUCCUGCACAGUACAUCAAACGCUUCUACAAUGAGACAUUAUUAGAAAGUCAUGGCUUGACUCCAGAUGAGCGUCUUCUUACUAUCUUAUACUCGCUCACUGUGUCCAUCUUUGCCAUUGGUGGAAUGACUGGAGCACUGCUGGUUGGCAGACUAGUUACCAAAUAUGGAAGGAAAGGGACGUUGGUGCGAUCCACAGCACUUGUUUUUAUAGGAGGAGCUCUGAUGGGCUUUAGCAGAUGGUGCAGAAUUCCUGAGAUGGUCAUCAUUGGGCGUUUCAUCACAGGGAUACACUCCGGGAUCUCUCUCAGUGUGGUGCCGAUGUACCUUGGUGAGAUUGCCCCUAAGAACUUGCGAGGCUUCCUGGGCCUCGUUCCCAGCAUCCACAUUUGUCUUGGAGUUUUCAUCGCUCAGAUCUUGGGACUCUCCGAGUUGCUGGGAAAGGAAGAGCACUGGCCUCUGCUUCUGUCUCUUGUGGUGCUUCCUACCAUGGUCCAGCUGAUGCUGUUGCCAUGGUUUCCAGAGAGUCCACGAUAUCUGCUGAUGGAGAAAGGAGAUGUGCAUGCCACCAUUGCAGCUCUAAAGUGGUUCCGUACUAAAGGAAACAUCCAGGCUGAGGUUGAGGAGAUGCAGGAGGAGCAACGCUCUUUGUCCUCCAUGCAGACCCUCUCUGUGUGCAGCCUUCUCGUGGACCACUGUGUCCGCUGGCAGGUCCUCACUGUUGCAGUGGUCAACAUCGGCAUGCAGCUCUCUGGAAUUGAUGCUAUCUGGUUCUAUACAAAUGAAAUAUUUAAGAAUGCAGGAAUCCCAGACCCUUAUAUUCAGUACACAACAGUGGGAACUGGGGCUAUUGAGGUCAUCUCAGGGAUGCUGGGGUGUUUCACUAUUGAGCAUCUGGGCAGAAGACCACUAAUGAUUGGUGGCUUCCUCUUUAUGGGCCUGUGCUGUGCUGGAAUCACUGUGUCUGUCCUCUUCCAGCCGCAGUUGUCCUACAUGCGCUACAUCAGUGUGGGCUGUGUUGUUGGAAUUAUUGCUGGUUUCUGCAUUGGUCCAGCGGGUGUGCCCUUCCUGAUCACUGCAGAGCUGUUUAAGCAGUCUCACCGACCGGCUGCAUACACCGUGGCUGGUUGCCUCAACUGGAUAUCCAACUUCACCAUUGGCUUCGUCUUUCCCUUCCUGGAGAUAGCUACAGGUCCUUUCUGUUACCUGAUCUUCUGCGCGGUCUGCUUGGGAGUGGCUGUCUACACCAUCUUCAUCAUUCCUGAGACCAAGAACAAAACCUUUUUGGAAAUCAGCCAGAUGUUUGCGACCAAGAAUGACAUCUGUGAAGAAGAGCUUUAUCCCAACAGCCAGCUGAAAAUGGCUUUGAUGAACGGAUAUGGAACCCUUGACCUCCAUGACAAAAAAUAAGAACCCAGCGAAUGUAAAUAAGACAUAUCAGUGAUAUAGAAGUGUACAAAGAGGAACUGUGGACAUGAGAUCAGCUGCUUCAUGCAAAUUGUCACUACAGACACUAUAUGGACAAAAGUGU